AUGUACGUUUUUGACGGUCUGAAAAAGAAAGAUAAAGAGGAAUUUCUGAAGUGGCACGCUGAAGCAAAAGCCGCUGCGGGUGGGCAGUUCGACUUCCGUGCGGAAAUCAUGGCCAAUUGCUCGAAUGACGUCACCGUGCUCCGGCGUUGUGCCCUGAAGUUCGUUGAUGAUUUUGUCGCUCUGACUAAUCUAAACCCGCUGGAUAGUAUCACCAUGUCAUCUGCCUGCAACCGUUACUACCGUACCUUUCAUUUGGAACCUGAGAAACUAGCUGUAUUGUCCUCCCAUGGACCUCACCGGAACCGACGAACCAGUGUUCAAGCAACUCAGUGGUUGGAAAUGUUGAACCGUGACUUGGGUGGGCGUAUUCAGCAUGGUCGGAAUGGCAAGGAAGUGCACAUUGGCCCGUAUUACGUGGACGGCUAUGAUGCCGGUCCUCGUACAGUGUACGAAUAUAACGGUUGUUUAUUCCACGGACAUCCCGAAUGUACCGAAGAAGAAGAUCGGUCCCCUUUCUCUCGUAAAAAGAUGAGUGAAGUGUACGAGGAAUACUUGGACCGUGUACGCUACCUGGAAGAUGAGAAGUAUACAGUAGUUACCAAGUGGGAGUGUGAAUGGAAAAGGGAGCGUAAGGAUACGGACAUCGCUACUUUUUUGUCUGGUCAAAACCUCCGCGAGCCACUGAAUCCCCGGGACGCCUUUAAAGGUGGUCGUACUAAUGCCAGUCGCCUGUACUACGCAGUGAAGCCGGGGGAAAUGAUUAUGCACUUCGACGUUGUCAGCCUGUACCCUUUUGUCAACAAGACCAAGACGUACCCUAUAGGCCACCCAACAAUUAUCUUGUCGGAUUUCAAGGACGUGAAGGAUUACUAUGGUAUGGUGUCGUGCAAGGUACUACCGCCACCGCAACGCUUGUAUCCUGUUCUUCCUGCAACCAUCGACAAGAAAUUGGUGUUUGCGCUUUGCCGUUGGUGUGCGGACACUAAAAACAACGACUAUUGCCAGCAUAGCGACGCUGACCGCUGCCUCGAGGGGGUAUGGACCACACCGGAGCACCACGCCAUCGACCGGGGUUACAUCGUGCAGGAAGUGCACGAGGUAUGGCAUUGGGACAUCUUAGAAGCCGGUGUUUAUGCUGCGUACAUCAACAAGUUCCUGAAAAUCAAGAUGGAGGCGAGCGGGUGGCCGAGCUGGUGUAAGACACAGCAGCAGAAGGAUGACUUCAUUUGCCUGGUCAAAGAACGUGAGGGGAUCGACUUUGAUCCGGAAGCCAUGAUCUACGAUGCUGGACGCCGUAAUGUGGCUAAGAACUGUCUGAACUAUUUGUGGGGCAAGCAAGGACAGCGGGAUGAUAUGACUAUGACCAAGUUCGUCUACAUGGCUAAGGAUUACUUGGACAUGAUCCGCUCCAAGACCGUGGAAAUUCAUGAUGUGUUUGCCAUCAACGAGGACUGCCUCAUGGUGACCUACUCCAAGGGAGAAGACUACAAUGAAGGUAGUAACGCCACGAACGUCGCCCUCGCAGCGUUCACUACUGCCAAUGCACGCCUCAUCCUCCUGGACAUGAUAGAGAGACUGGGUGACCGGCUGAUGUACUAUGAUACAGAUUCCGUUGUAUUCCUCACCCGCCCUGGGGACUGGGUGCCGGAAAUCGGUAGUAUCCUAGGCGACUGGGACAACCAACUGCACGUCGGCGAGAGUCACAUUGUGAAGUUCGUGUCGUGCGGCCCCAAGGUGUACAGCUACGAGACUGACACCGGCCGGAUCGAGCUGAAGGCAAAAGGUCUUACCCAAAACGAGUACACGGAAGAUAUUUUGGGUUUUAAUGAAAUCACCAAGUCCUUCGCCCGGACCGGACAGACCUUGGACUUCGACCAACUGAAGCGCCUGUUGGACGGGACAGACUCCCAUGUUCAAAUUAUUUAUCCUGAAUUCAUCAAGCGGAACGGCAAAACACAAGAAAUUAAAACCGUUUGUUUGUUUAAGAAGUUGAGAAUGGUGUAUGACAAGCCUGUUGUUUCGAAAAGAGGCUAA